GGGCGUCUGGGUAAUCGAGGAAAUUCAAGAGAUUCCUCUGUGUAGCUAACAGCAGCUAGCCGCUUAAUCUCCUAGAAAACGCAGUUGUGGUAGUUUUACUGUUCGUGUCUGUCUGUCACCUGUGUUGCAGCUGUUUCCUAAUACGCCGCCAGCUAAAAGGCGAAGCGGGCAGAAGCGGACUGGUUCAGAUCCGCCGGGUGUUUGGACGCGGUUCCUUUUUUACCAGGAUGCUAGCAUACAGUAAGCAAGCCAGCUAGCUAGUGAGCUAGCAGCAGCCUGCUAACGUCGCUAAGUAGCAGCACUGUCCGGAUGGUGUGAACAGCCACGCAGCCGACUGUGGGGUGUUACUCGCCGCCGUGUAUGAUGUCAAGCAACCGAGGAGCGCAAAGCGCCGCCGGGGCAGGCUCGGUGCCCAGCACGAGCAGCAGCAGCGCGGGGAGCACGGCUAGCACCAACGGGGGCAGCGGCGGCGGCGGCGCCGUCACGAGCAACGGCAACGCUGGAAACGUCGUUCCCACUCGGCCGCCGGCCGCCGCCGCGGAGGGCGGCGCGUCGGCGGCGACGCUGGCCGCCGUGCCGUCGUCCCGGGGCCCGUUCGCGUCCCUGAGCAGAGCCUCUGCGCCGUCGGGCAGCAGGAAGAAGUCCCUCCAUCCCGCUCCCUUAUACAACGGCCUCCUCAAUUCCUACGAGGAUAAAACCAACGAUUUCGUGUGUCCCAUCUGUUUUGACAUGAUAGAAGAGGCGCAUAUGACAAAGUGUGGGCACAGUUUCUGUUUUAAAUGUAUUCGCAAGAGCCUCGAGGACAGCAACAGAUGCCCCAAGUGUAACUAUAUCGUCGAUAACGUGGACCAGCUUUAUCCAAACUUUCUUGUAAAUGAACUGAUCCUUAAACAGAAACAAAGGUCAGAGGAAAAGCGACUUAAGUUAGAUCAUCCUAAUGGAUCCAGGUGGCAGGUCUUCCAGGAUGUGCUGAAUCCUGACCAGGAGAACCUGGACCUAGCAAAUGUCAAUCUGAUGCUGGAGCUCCUCGUUCAGAAGAAAAAGCAGUUGGAGGCAGAAUCCCAAGCAGCCCAGAGACAGAUCCUAAUGGAAUUCCUUAAAGAAGCCAGGAGAAACAAGAGAGAGCAACUAGAGCAACUACAGAAAGAGCUCAACUGUCUUGAAGAGGACAUAAAACGUGUUGAGGAAAUGAGUGGUCUGUACUCGCCAGUGAUGGAGGCAGAGUGUACAGUGCCUAAUGUGGAGACUCCAUCGCCAGCACACAGCUGUAUGAUAGAGACGCCAGACUACAGCCAUCCCCCAGGGUUCGGUGGAGCAGCCCAGGGAAAAAGACAGACUUGGUACAACAGCACCUUGGCAUCAAGAAGAAAGAGACUGAUGGCUCAUUUUGAGGAUCUGGAGCAGUGCUACUUCUCUAACAAAAUGUCACGCAUCACAGAUGAGGGCAGGACUCUCAACCAACUGGAUGAUUUCAUGGAGUGUUUGUCCAAAUUCACCCGAUACAACUCUGUGCGGCCACUGGCCACCCUGUCUUACGCCAGUGACCUCUAUAAUGGCUCCAGUAUUGUCUCCAGUAUUGAGUUUGACCGUGACUGUGACUACUUCGCCAUUGCUGGUGUGACAAAGAAGAUCAAGGUGUUUGAGUACGGCACUGUGAUCCAGGAUGCUGUGGACAUCCACUAUCCCGUCAACGAAAUGACCUGCAAUUCCAAAAUCAGCUGUAUCAGCUGGAGCAGCUAUCACAAGAAUCUUCUGGCCAGUAGUGACUAUGAGGGUACAGUUAUCCUGUGGGAUGGAUUUACUGGCCAGAGGUCCAAAGUCUACCAGGAACAUGAAAAAAGAUGUUGGAGUGUUGAUUUUAAUCUGAUGGACCCUAAGCUCUUAGCCUCUGGUUCUGAUGAUGCGAAAGUGAAAUUAUGGUCAACGAACCUGGACAACUCUGUGGCCAGCAUUGAGGCCAAGGCCAAUGUCUGCUGUGUGAAAUUCAGCCCAACCUCCAGAUAUCAUCUUGCUUUUGGCUGUGCAGACCACUGUGUUCACUACUAUGAUCUACGCAACACUAAGCAGCCCAUCAUGGUGUUCAAAGGCCACAGGAAGGCUGUGUCCUACGCCAAGUUUGUCAAUGGGGAGGAAAUAGUUUCUGCUUCAACAGACAGUCAGCUAAAGCUGUGGAACGUCAACAAAACCCACUGUCUUCGCUCAUUCAAGGGUCACAUCAAUGAGAAGAACUUUGUUGGCCUGGCUUCCAAUGGAGACUAUGUUGCCUGUGGUAGUGAGAACAACUCCCUCUACCUGUACUACAAAGGACUUUCAAAGACACUGUUAACGUUCAAGUUUGACACAGUGAAAAGUGUCCUGGACAAGGACAAAAAGGAAGACGACACCAAUGAGUUUGUGAGUGCCGUGUGUUGGAGGGCCCUGCCUGAUGGGGAGUCAAAUGUACUGAUUGCUGCAAACAGUCAAGGAACGAUCAAGGUACUUGAGCUUGUCUGAAUGCUCAUGACAUCUUCAGCAGGUGACAGAAUCGUCAACCGCUUCUCUCUGCUUGGUAACGGGUCAGUCUGAUGCAGUCUGUCCCAGUUUGCCUGCUGACUUCUGGUGAAAUGAAGUGAACCCGUCUCAUUUUAAGGAGCUAUACAUUUUCAGACGGCAUCAAAGACUUUAGACCAGUAAAUCAGUAUAGCAGGAGGAGGUGUGGUAUGAUUUCUUUUUUUUUUACAGCAACAAAUCAAGGACCUAGUGUGGGAACAAAAUGGCGCAAAGGACAUUAAAAUGAAAGCAAGGUUUAUUUUGUUUCAGUGAUAUUGGCCACAGUGGCGCACCUGUGGCUUCAGGUCAUAUCAAAAGCUGUACCUGUUUCUUUUAAGGGUACAUCUGGCCAAAUGCUACUGGGGUGAUACAUUUUCCUUUUUGUUUUGUUUUUUUUAAGGCCAAAGCACAAAACUAAAUCACAUGCAAGGAUUGUCUUCAUGUAAAGGUUUUAAUCCACACAACAAAUGUUAUUUUCCCCUUGUAUGUUUAGUUUCAUGUUUUUCAGAUUGGGGAAAAAUCUAUUUUAAUAAAUAUAAUUUGAGUUUCAUCCCGUCACGUGUAUUAUCGCCUCAUUUUGUUUUCGACGGAUAAAUGCAAAUGUUUAGAAAUUCCAGCUGUUCUGUCCUGUCCUGUCCUGUCCUGUCAGGACAUAAUGAGAUUUGACAUGUUUGAAACUUCAGGCAUUGAUUUGCAAUGCAAUACUAAACUGGAUUUAUUUUUUCCAUGUCUUUGUUUCUAGUGAAUGCUACACAACAUCUGAUUUAGUUCUUUUAAAGGAGCAUUGGUAAUACACUUCAUAUACUCUAGCUUUCAACAUCUGGUCCAAUCUAAGCUGCAUUCUAACUUCAGACAAACAGCCAUCAGUCUCUGUAGAGUGGCAGCCCAUGUCCACACAGAAAGGACUGGCCAAACAGCCAAGACCUACCUAUUUUAUGAUAACUAAAUGAGAGAGCUGUUUUGUAUUUGUACAACUGAAUAAAUUAUUUCAAAACA